GGGUUUUUCCGUACGUCGGUCGUUGUUAACCGCGCGAGAAGAUUUGGCGCGUGAAAUUAAAUUCCUUCGUUCCCGUCCAACAUUCUGUUUCUCCGACGACCGUGAGUGGCGGAGCCGUGUGAUCGAUUCGUGGGUUUUAUUGAGAAGAGCAAGAUGAAGCCUAGAAGCGAAAGUAAGAAUGGUAGACUUGCAGCAGCCUCUAGAGAAGCAGUGAACAAAGUUCUAGACAGAAGCAGAGCUCGUGGCUCUCGAGGCAAGAACAAACGAGAUGAUAGUGCACAGAACUGUGAUUCCACUUCCACAGAGGGGGAUAAAGGCGAACAUGAGAAGGGGAAGCAAGCCUUCAAGGAAAAAUUAACUGAUAACGUUCUAGAGGACAGGGAAUGUGGUAAAAGGGCAGGUUGUGAUGAUGAUGAAAUGAAUGAUUCAGACUGGGAAGACUGUCCGAUUCCUAGUGUUGGUAAUACGAUUGAUGCGUACAUUGAUGACACCCGAGACUUAACCAUAGAAUUUGACGAUGUGCCUGAUACUAAGAGGCAGAAGAAUGUUUACCGCCCAACAGCAGAGGACAAGGAACGAGCGGAACUUGUCCACAAGGUUCACUUACUCUGUCUGCUUGCAAGAGGGAGGAUAGUUGACAACGCUUGUAAUGAUCCAUUGAUUCAGGCUUCCUUGCUUUCACUUCUACCAUCAUACUUGGCAAAAGUAUCAAAUCUCGAGAAUGUUACUGUUAGGGAUAUAGCCCCUCUUCUUCGUUGGGUUCGUGGAAACUUUUCUGUUAGGUGUACUCCCAGCUCUGAGAAAUCUUUUCGUACUUCUCUAGCAUUUGCUCUUGAAUCACGUAGAGGCACGUCUGAAGAGCUUGGAGCACUGGCCGUUGCUUUGUUUAGGGCAUUAAAGCUCACAACUCGGUUUGUGUCUAUUCUUGAUGUUGCAUCCUUAAAACCAGGGGCCGAUAAGGAUGAAUCUUCAGGUCAAAACAGAGCUAAAAUGAAGCAUGGGAUAUUCAGGAGCUCAACUCUUAUGGUGCCGAAACAGCAAGUCAUCUCGUCAUACCCAAGUAAAUCUUCUUCCCAUGUUGAGAAUAAGGGUCUCUGUGAGACCUCUGAGUCUCAGCAUGGGAACCCCCUGGGCUCUAAUCAGUCGCAAGGUAAUACGGUCAACUCAUCUUGUGAAGCACGAAUGUCCAGCAAAUCUGACGGAACAAGGAGGAAAGGAGAUGUUGAGUUCGAGAUGCAAUUAGCCAUGGCUCUGGCUGCAACUGCAACUGCAGACAACCAACAGAGCUCUAAAGUGAAUGAGGAAAAGAAGAGUCGAGAAAUAACAAAAACAAAUAAAGGCUUGUCAGUUUCUGACCAAGUAAUAUCCACAGCUAUCGGUUCGAAGAAAGUGGAUUCUCCUCUUUGUUGGGCUGAGGUGUAUUGCAGUGGGGAAAACAUGGAUGGGAAAUGGGUCCAUGUGGAUGCUGUCAAUGGAAUUUUAGAUGCAGAGCAAACUGUAGAAGCUGGAGCUGCUGCGUGCAAAAGCUUACUUAGAUAUGUUGUCGCCUUCGCUGGUGGUGGAGCCAAAGAUGUUACUCGCAGGUACUGUACAAAAUGGCACACGAUUUCAUCCAAACGGGUGAGUUCACUGUGGUGGGAUAUGGUAUUAGCACCGUUAAGAGAACUAGAGUCAGCCACAAGCCUAAUCCCUGUUGCCAACAAAGCUUCCUCAAGUAGCUCGUCCUUUGGUAGAAGGAGUGCUCUUGAAGAUAUGGAGUUAGCUACUCGGGCACUUACUGAGCCUCUUCCCACUAACCAGCAGGCUUAUAAAAGUCACGAACUCUAUGCUAUUGAGAAAUGGCUUCACAAGAACCAGAUACUUCACCCAAAAGGUCCGGUUCUGGGAUUUUGCUCUGGUCAUUCCGUUUAUCCUCGAACCUGUGUGCAGACUCUUAAAACAAAAGAAAGAUGGCUUCGUGAUGGGCUACAACUGAAGGCAAAUGAAGCUCCCUUAAAGAUUCUUAAGCGUAACUCGAAGUUGAAAAAGGUAAAAGAUUUUGGAGAUGGGAAUAAGGACAGUGAAGAUGGUUCUUGGUGCAUGGAACUAUACGGAAAGUGGCAAAUGGAACCAUUGUGUCUCCCUCAUGCUGUUAAUGGAAUUGUGCCUAAGAACGAGCGUGGUCAAGUUGAUGUCUGGUCUGAGAAAUGCCUUCCACCUGGAACAGUCCACUUAAGGUUUCCUCGAAUAUUUUCUGUCGCUAAGAGAUUUGGAAUAGAUUAUGCACCUGCAAUGGUUGGUUUCGAGUACAAAAGUGGACGUGCUACUCCUGUUUUUGAAGGAAUUGUGGUCUGUACCGAGUUCAAAGAUACAAUCCUCGAGGCAUAUGCAGAAGAACAAGAAAAGAGAGAAGAAGAGGAGAGAAGACAAAAUGAAGCACAAGCAGCUUCGAGAUGGUAUCAGCUUCUUUCGUCUAUCUUAACCCGUGAAAGAUUGAAAAACCGUUACGCCAAUAACUCAAAGGAUGUCGAAACGAGGAGUUUGGAAACGAAAUCAGAGCCGGUCGCUAAGGGGAAGAAUGUGAAAUCACCUGAAAAGCAGGGAGGGGUCAAGAGAGGAAGGUCACGAGGAAGAAAGUCUCAUGAACAUGAACAUGAACAUGAAAAUGGACCUGAACAUGAACAUGUGUUUCUUGAUGAGGAAGAAACCUUUGAUGAGGAAACCUCUGUGAAAACCAAACGCUGCAAAUGUGGCUUUUCUGUCGAAGUUGAACAAAUGUAGACGCUUGCUAAUGACUCGUAGUAAACUUUACAUUAGCUUUGAUGAAAGUGAAACUUUCAUGUAUAUUGUUCUUUCGAUAUUCUACACAGAGUCGUGCCUCCCUUAGUAGAAAAAAGGCAUUGGUGGCCUUAGACCACAUUUAUAAUUUUAGUUUU